GCAUGACUCAGUCCCGGCUGUUGCCCACAGUGCUGCUGGCAGCUUCAUCCUGGCUCCUGAUCUCGCUCUUCGGUUCCCAGCAGAGCCUAAGCAUUGAACUUGGGAAAAAUGCAUCCAGCAACUCCGGGGUGGCCCAGAACGAGUUCGACAAGAAGUUCCGCAAGAGCGACGAGUUCAGCCAGGACCUGCCUGAGGAGAAGAUCCAGUCCUUUGCCAAGGUCCUCAAGAAAUUCUUCGACAACGAAAAGGAUGACUACAAGAAGGACGCCGACCAGAGGACUCCCGAUUACGAUGCGCUGAAGAACAAGGCGGCCCUGGUCUCCUACGACUUCG